AUGUCUAGUAAACUCAUUUCACAGGUCAUUUUCUUGAUCCUUGUUCUGCUCUGUUGUACUGAAUACACCAAUGGGAAGCUGAUUAUGCAGGGAUCAUCUGGAUUUGUCAAAGGCUUCAGAACGUUAACGAGCACCAAGAAACACGCCUAUGGCCAAGCCUUCCACGACGAGAUACUCCAGUUCAAGAACUCCAACGGUACAAUGACAUCUUUCUCUGUCACCUUCUUCUUUGUCAUUGUCCCUGAGCAUAAGCACAAAGGCUCUCACGGAAUGGCCUUUGUGAUCUCCCCCACGAGAGGAAUAACAAACGCAUCUGCUGAUCAGUACCUUGGAAUCUUCAACGAAGCAAACAAUGGGAACACCUCGAAUCAUAUCUUCGCUGUUGAGCUUGAUAUAAACAAAGAUGAUGAGUUUGGUGACAUUAAUGAUAACCAUGUUGGUAUCAACAUAAACGGCAUGAGGUCUAUUGUAUCUGCUCCUGCUGGUUACUAUGAUCAAGAGGGUCAUUUCAGAAACCUCUCUCUGAUCAGUGGAAACCUACUUAGACUAACUAUCUUGUAUAGCCACAAGGAUACACAGAUCAAUGUGACCUUAUCAUCACCAGAGGAGGCUUAUUAUCCAACGAAGCCACUUCUUUCUCUGAGCCAAGAUCUCUCACCAUACUUUUUGGACAAGAUGUAUGCAGGCUUCUCAGCCUCUACUGGCUCGGUUGGAGCAAUGCAUUACAUGUGGAUAUGGUUUAUAAAUGGCUACAUUACUAUUCCAGAUCUUGACUUAGGGAUACCAACGUUUCCUCCAUAUCCCAUAACAAAAACUAAGGCAGCUCUGAUAGUUCUGGUGACGGCUUUGGCAUUGGCUCUCUUUGCUGCGCUUGUUGCUUCAGCUUUGAGUUUCUUCUUUUAUAAGAGACAUAUGAAGGUCAUGGAGGUUUUAGAGGAAUGGGAGAUCGAAUGUGGACCUCAUAGGUUUGCUUACAAAGAACUUUUCAAAGCCACAAAUGGUUUCAAACAGCUUCUAGGCAAAGGAGGUUUUGGUCAGGUUGAAGAGGUUAGGCCGGAUAUGGCUACAGUGGUAAAGAUUUUGGAUGGAGUUUCUGAGCUUCCGAAUAAUUUGCUUGAUAUUGUUAGAACUGAGAAGUUGGGAAGAUGGUAUGAGACGUAUGGAAACGUGCUUGAUGUGGAGGUGACAAUGGAGUCUGGAGGUGACUUGACGGUCACGGAACCGCUGACUUCAGUGGGACGGUAA